GAAUCUUUCAAAAACAAAACAACAAAAAUAAUUGUCCGGUCGUUAUUUACGUGGCCUUAAUGAAGAAAAUCAACAAAGUGUUGAUGAAGUUCAUAAAAUUCCAAUUAGUUAUUGAUUAACUUAUUUGUUUCAUUACAAAAAUGUUAACAAAAGAAAGGAAGAUAUUAAGCUUAAAAUUGAUUAUAUGUACUUGUCUUUUAGUUGGUAAAGUAUACGCUACCAUAUCGCCAGGAGAUAAAUCUCAAAAACAACCCAAACCACUGAAAGUUAAAACCGGUCCAAGAGAUGAAAGCGUUUUUGAUUUGGACUUAAUCGAUAUAGAACCUUCGGCCAAAGAAAUACUUAUUAAUAGUGGCUCAUAUUAUAAAGAUACAACUGCUCGACGUUUCAAUGGAACUGUAUUGGGUUUUGUGACGCCGUGGAAUUCACAUGGCUACGAAAUAGCAACAACAUUUGCAAAGAAAUUUGACGUCAUAUCGCCGGUAUGGUUUCAAAUUGUCAAACAAGAAGGUAAAUACAAAAUAAAUGGACUCCACGACAUUGAUGCCAGAUGGAUGAAAGAUGUGCGAAAAAAAGGAAUAAAUGAACAAAGAUCUAUGCAAUUCUUUCCUCGUUUUUUAUUUGAAAAUUUUAGUGAUAAUGACUUUACCCAACUACUUUCAUCCGAUCAAGAGAUAUCCAAAGUCUCCGAACUAUUAAGAAAAACCUGUGUACAGCACAAAUUUGAAGGCAUUGUUCUCGAAUACUGGCUGCAGCUUGGUGGUCGUGUAGCAAAUAAGUUCUUACAAAAACUUGCCAUUUCGAUAAGCAAGGCAUUAGCUAAAGAUAAUUUAAAACUUAUUUUAGUUAUUCCCCCCUAUCGUCCUCAGCUGGUUAAUAUGUUUAAUGAUUAUCACAUGGAUAAAUUGUACCAGCAUGUUUAUGCCUUUUCAUUAAUGACCUAUGACUAUUCCACGGUGCAACGACCUGGAGCAAAUUCUCCUCUGCAUUGGAUUAAACAGUCUAUUGAGCACAUAGCUCCCGACAACACAAACGAUGUGAUGGUAAAACGUAAAAAGAUCCUUAUGGGUUUGAAUAUGUACGGUAAUGAUUAUACGCCAGAUGGUGGUGGUCCAAUCGUUGCCGGUCAAUAUUUGGAUUUAUUGCGCAACCUUAAAAAACGUUUAACUUAUGAUGAGAAUGAUGUGGAAAACUUUUUUGAAAUAAGAACUAAUACUGGUCGUCAUUAUGUGUUUUAUCCUACACUGUACUCCUUAAAUGAGCGCAUUAAACUUGCACAAAAAAUGGGUGUUGGUAUAUCUAUUUGGGAAUUGGGACAGGGUUUAGAUUACUUUUAUGAUCUAUUUUAAGUAGUCUACAUAGUAAAAAAACUAUUGCAAGAAAAAUAAAUGCUUAUAAUUGCUUUUUUGCAAUUAAAAUUAAAAAAAUGGGAAUUGUUUAUUUGG